AUGGCUGUCGAACACGCUCGCUACCGGCCAGCAACCCCACCACGUCUCCCUCUAGAGGAAUACCUCAGCUCUGGACGUAGUUGCCAUGCCUCUACCUCUUCCGUUUAUUCAGGCGAGUCAUCGCCCUGGUCGACUGCCACGGGCAACACCAGCCCUAUGACUUCGCCCAUCAGACAUCAUCAUGGGCCAGCUUUGCUGCCCAAGAUCCGCCCUCAAGAUGUCGUGGUUGAGCCUGUGUCUGCCGAUGAACCUCCGCGUCAUCACAGUCGAGUCCUUUCCAACACCCGAAACUCACCAGGCUUCUUGCCUUAUUCCACUGCUCGGUCAUCUGUAAGCCGCCAAAAGCGCGAGACUCUAGAUCGCCUCACAUUGGCAACUCCAGUCUCACCGGCACCAAUCGCCGUUCAGGGCAGCUGCUCAGGCUUGUCAUCGCCUGUUACGCUCAACCCGUCAUAUAAGCGUAAAGCAGGCGGUCAUUCACGCUCAGUCUCGGCAUCUGUUGUCGAUGCCGAGACUUUGAACCGAUUUGGAUAUCCCACCUAUCGUGACCUCCCCAAAUACAUGCCUCAGAUGCAGGCUCAGACUACACCCACAACACCCGUCACUCCCAUCACCCCACACAUGUUUGUCUACGCAUCAUACUCGCAACGACUGGACGGCCCUGCUCCUGAACGCACGAAGCCAUUGACCGUUCCCACUCCUCAAUACUACCAGACAUCAGCCCACCCCUCACCAGCCUUGCUCAGUCCCCAAGAAGACUCACCACGCUCCACAACCUUGUUGUCCUACCUGACCCGUCCAAUCCAGCCAAUCAAUUUAGUUCGCAAUGUGAGCGUAGUCCCAACUCGCGGCAUGCACGACUACUUCUGGUGGGAUAUCCGCAGUCUCCGCAGCUGGACUUCCUUCUCCCUCGCAACCUUCGCCUCUGUGGACAGUCGUCUCAUCCAACUCCUCAGAACGGACAUUCCAGGCCACCGCACACCCGCCGUGGCAGUAUCACCCGCUUUGCUUGCCCCGGAAUCAGAGCUGUCCCUUGUCUCUCUGAUCCGAGAUCUCUAUGCACCAAGAGUCAAUGCUGCUCUGGCUGUUUCCCAAGGCGACGAUCACCUCCAACUCUACGCUUCCCCAGAAGUCCGAAACACCGGGCUCAAAAACUAUGGCCACCCACAUUUCCUUGCUAAUUAUGCCUCCGACACGGAGCGCACAAGCUCUGGUCUUCCCCGCGGCCGGUUAGUGGGGAUUGUCAAAUCGUUUGACCGGUGGAAUACCGGUAUGCGCAACGAGGCACCACAUCGCCGUGUCGAAUAUCUUAAUGGCCUCGCGCACCUUCAGCGCUGUAUGCGCGAACAUUCUUGUCGAUACGGAUUCAUCAUCACGGAAAUCGAACUUGUCUGCAGAUCGCCGCCUCGAUCCCUCUCAAAACCGCUUCGACUCCCUCGCACCGCGAUUGCCCCCCCCGCAACACCCAUCAGCACUCGCUCAUUCUCAUCCUCUUCCACCUCCUCUACUUCCCUCCCCCCCGACUCUCCUGUCGCGGAUGACGGAGAAGAUGUCCCAAUGACAGCUAGCCUGGCAUUGUACUUCUUAUUGAUGCUGUCCAAAGCCAUGCCGCUUCCCCACCAACCUUCAGCUCACUUGAACGUUGGCGGACCUGGUGCGUUCACUCGCCAGCGGAUCCUGCCAGAGCCCAAGGAUAAAUGGAUCCCCGAGCCGCAGAUUGGGGAGCGCAGGGAUGCGAAGAGAGUUCGCGGAUGGGUUUGGCCGAUGGAUCCCUGGCAUCGAAGGGAAGGAGGCGGUGCGCCUAGGCAAAAGGACAAAAAGAAAUAA